GUAAGGGUCAAGGCUCCAGCAGACCCUGAGAGCCGAGCCAUCCGGACCCCUGAAAGUGAGAAGAAGCUGCCAGAGAAAGGAGGGGACAGAACAGGGAGAGGGCAAGAGAAGGAGGGGCAGCCCCCAGGCCGCAGUGCCCCCACAGAGCCAGCUCAGUUUCAGCUCCAGGAGCUGCUCCGCAGUGGAAGCAGUGGCAGCCCCGCUUCUCAGGCAGAGAACCACAGGCAGGCGGCAGACAGACAGACCGAGUCUUGGUUCUGGAAGUCCUCAGCCUCCAGUCAGUUGGCCUGGCUUGGCCCCAUGGCCUUCAAUGACCUCCUGAAGCAGGUGGGGGGCGUCGGCCGCUUCCAGCUGAUCCAGGUCACGCUGGUGGUCCUCCCCCUGUUCCUGAUGGCCUCCCACAACACUCUGCAGAACUUCACCGCCGCCAUCCCCACCCACCACUGCCGCCCGCCUGCCCACGCCAACCUCAGUGAAGAUGAGGGACUGGAGGCCUGGCUACCCCGGGACAGGCAGGGGCGGCCUGAGUCCUGCCUCCGCUUCACCUCCCCACAGCGAGGACUGCCCUUUCCCAGUGGCACAGAAGCCAACAGCACGGAGGUCACGGAGCCCUGCACCGACGGCUGGAUCUAUGACAACAGCACCUUCCCUUCAACCAUCGUAAGUGAGUGGAACCUCGUGUGCUCCCACAGGGCCCUACGCCAGCUGGCCCAGUCCUUGUUCAUGGUGGGGGUGCUGCUGGGAGCCAUGGUGUUCGGCUACCUGGCAGACAGGCUGGGCAGGCGGAAGGUGCUGAUCUUGAACUACCUACAAACAGCCGUGUCGGGGACCUGUGCCGCCUAUGCGCCCAACUUUCCUGUCUACUGUGCCUUCCGGCUCCUCUCGGGCAUGUCUCUGGCUAGCAUCUCUCUCAACUGCAUGACGCUGAAUGUGGAGUGGAUGCCCAUCCACACGCGCGCCUGUGUGGGCACCGUGAUUGGCUAUGUCUACAGCCUGGGCCAGUUCCUCCUGGCCGGCCUGGCCUAUGCUGUGCCCCACUGGCGCCACCUGCAGCUGCUGGUCUCUGCACCUUUUUUUGUCUUCUUCAUCUACUCCUGGUUCUUCAUUGAGUCUGCCCGCUGGUACUCCUCCUCUGGGAGACUGGACCUUACCUUGAAGGCCCUGCAGAGAGUGGCCCAGAUUAAUGGGAAGCAAGAAGAAGGAGCCAAGCUGAGUAUGGAGGUGCUCCGAGCCAGUCUGCAGAAGGAGCUGACCAUGGGCAAGAGCCAGGCUUCGGCCAUGGAGUUGCUGCGCUGCCCUACCCUUCGCCGCCUCUUCCUCUGCCUCUCCAUGUUGUGGUUUGCCACCAGCUUUGCCUACUAUGGGCUGGUCAUGGACCUGCAGGGCUUUGGGGUCAGCAUCUACCUCAUCCAGGUGAUCUUUGGAGCCGUGGACUUGCCGGCUAAAUUUGUGUGCUUUCUUGUCAUCAAUUCCCUGGGUCGCCGGCCUGCACAGAUGGCCUCACUAUUACUGGCAGGCAUCUGCAUCCUGGUGAAUGGGGUGAUGCCCCAGGACCAGACAAUUGUCCGUACCUCCCUUGCUGUGCUUGGGAAAGGCUGCCUGGCUGCUUCCUUCAACUGCAUCUUCCUGUACACUGGGGAGCUGUACCCCACAGUGAUCCGGCAGACAGGCUUGGGAAUGGGCAGCACAAUGGCCCGAGUGGGCAGCAUCGUGAGCCCCCUGGUGAGCAUGACGGCGGAGCUCUCCCCCACCAUUCCUCUCUUCAUCUAUGGCGCUGUCCCCGUGGUUGCCAGUGCUGCCACUGCACUCCUGCCAGAGACCCUGGGCCAGCCACUGCCAGAUACCGUGCAGGACCUGGAGGGCAGGAGAAGAAGGAAGCGGCGACAACAGCAGCAAGAGCAGCAGAAGCAGAUGGUGCCACUCCAGGCCUCAGCACAGAACGGACUCUGAGGACCAAAAGGGCCUCACACAGCCCUAAAUGGAGUGAGGGUCCCAUGGUCCCUCCAGCUCCCCACACAAGGAGGGGGAGGGGUGACAGCCUGAGUGUGGGGACUGUGGUUCAGAGAAGCACCUCCCAGGGGUCCCCCUCCCCAAGUACACCACACUAAGACUACAUCAUUAAAC